CGGAGGAGGAAGGUUGCACGCAGAGCGGAAUAUCACUGCGCUCCCCGCGGUUUCCGCUCCCCUGUUCUUUUUCUCUUCCUUCCUUUCUCCGCUGUUGCCGAGAUCCCGGAUCCAAGAUGGAGUCUCUAAAUAAAGCGGGGCAAGAGAUGAGCCUGGCGGCCUUAAAGCAGCACGACCCCUACAUCACCAGCAUCGCCGACGUGACCGGCCAGGUGGCCCUUUAUCGCUUCAGUCCAAAGGCCAACGAAUGGGAGAAGACUGACAUAGAAGGUACCUUAUUUGUGUAUAAAAGGUCUGCUUCACCUUACCAUGGUUUUACGAUUGUAAAUCGAUUGAACAUGCACAACUUGGUUGAGCCCGUAAACAAAGACUUGGAGUUUCAACUUCAUGAACCUUUUCUUCUUUAUAGAAAUGCCAACUUGUUAAUUUACAGUAUCUGGUUUUAUGAUAAGAAUGACUGUCAUCGAAUAGCAAAACUCAUGUCUAAGGUGGUACAGGAAGAAACUCAGAGAUCGCAGCAACAAUUUCAGGAUAGAAAACAUGUCAGUCGAGUUAAUGGUUGCACAGAUAUUCUAGAGUUGCUUAGUAAAGCAAAGGUUGAAUAUGAACGGAAUCAGAAAAGUGACUUAAUUUCAGGGACACAAGAAAGAGGAAAUCUUACAAAGACUGAAAAUACAGAGGCAUCUGAAUACGAAACACCAGUGUUACAAGUCCAAGAUCAUUCAUGUCAGUCCAUCCCUAAACAUCUAACAGUGGAAGAAUUAUUUGGAACUUCAUUACCAAAGGAAAACUCCACAGCUCCCAUGUCCAAUCCAGAGAGGAUAGAGAAAACUGAUACCUCAUGCAGAGAACACAAUUUGCUUUUACCCUUUUCAUUUGAACAAUCAACAGUGAUCCAUCAGCCUCUGGGGAAACUGGACGCUCCAAGCCUCAAAAAUAACUCUUUGACUUUAUUACCACAGGAAUGUGUACCAUCUGUACUAACUUCAUCACCUUCAGUUUUGCAACCUGAAGUAAAUAAAGUUUCAAACUAUAAUGUGCAUUUAAGUCCUAUCCUUAAUUCGACUUUGGCAACAGAAGCACCUUGUGGUCCAGUGCUGCAGAAUAUCAAUGCAAACAAUAAUGUAACGCAAGUCAUGCAGCAGACUACCAAGCAAAUACCUUCACUUGUGAAUCAGACAUUGUGCGAUAUGAACCACGGUACACAAAAUGUAAGUUCUGGUCAAAACCAAUUCCUAGGAUCAAUGACUUUGCCAAAUACAGGAGAUGCUUCAAACACAUCACUUCCCAGUGUAGAUCUUCUUCAAAAACUCAGGUUGACACCACAACAUGACCAAAUGCAGCAAUCUCUUAUUAAAACCCCAGUAGCACCAAAUGCUGCUUCUGCUAUUAGUCAACUGGCAACACCAGAUUGUUUCAAGGAAUCCCACAUCAAGCAACAGGCUUUGACUUGUAAAGUCAUUCAUCCCUAUCAGGUUACACAGCAAAAUAAGGAGCCUGAAACGUUUCCAAAUCCUAAAGUGUUGUCAAAAGCAAACCAGGUUGCUUCUACACAGUUUGCUACCACUGCAACCACAAUUGCACCUUCUGUCCUCCUUUCACCUAGUGUGUUUCAACAGUCCACUAUGAAAUCCUCUGAAAUGGAAAAUAAAGUUGGCUCACCUUCUCCUGUUACACUUGGUACAGAUGUUCAGACAUUACCUCCAGCGGUACUCAGUAGAUCUCAACUUCAGCAAACUUUGAUACAUCUAAUAAAGAACGAUGCAAAUUUUCUUAAUACUCUACAUGAAGUCUAUUUACAAGUCUUGACCAAGGAUACUGAUAGCAUCAAGCUAUAACUGCAAUGAAUUGAAUCCUACUGACCACCUAUCUGCUUCAGAAACAUUAUGCCUCUUCUGUACAACUCUUAUAUUUUAAAGACAUUUUUUGAGUUCCUGAAGUCUUUCUAAGCCUCCAAGGAAUGCUGUUCCUUAGAAAUAUUGUAUAAAUAAUGUUCUAAGAAAUGGUGUGGUUUCACUGUGACCAGUUACCAGCAGGAUUUUAUUUCUGUAUGGGAAAUAUGGUCUUAACGUUUAACAGCACAUUUUUCUUAUUGUUUUAAGCAGUGUCAAAUAUUUGAUAUAAUUCUUUACCAUAUGCACCCUGAAUGUUCAGGAUAACUAAAGAACAUCAACAGUUGUGAAACCAGCUUCAAAUUUAAGGAGCCAUGGAAGAGUUUAAGAGGAUACUUCUAAGGCUUUCAAAUGAAUGGAUAUGCAGUAUAACAUUUCUGCUUUUAGCCUUAACAUAGCAACAGUAUGACCUCUGGGUCAUAUCAACCACAAAUUGGCUCUUCUGUAUGCAGAAUACGCAUUCACUUUUACUAGGAAUAUAUGAAAUAUGAUUUCCCUUGAACAAUAAGUUCAGUGUGUUUUGUCAGAGAUAUAUAUAUAUUUUUAAAAAACAUUUUAAAAAAUUAUUUCUGUGGAAUAUCAUUUUCCCCCCUAUCCAGGUCAAAUGCCAAUUUUGGUAUAGAUUUUCCUGUAGAAAGGUUGACUUGUUUCUAGAUAAGCUGUUGUUCAGUUACUGUUUGGAAUAGUAUUAAGAACUCUCCCUAAACUUACAUUAUAUACUGCUGUAAAGAUCAAACUUCUUCCCAAAAUAAGUCAGAAUCUGAUCUCUGUUUUAUAUGCUGCUAUUGGUCUUUUGUGAUUUCUAUUUAUUUUAUUCUAGCAUGUUACAGUAGCUAGCAAUACUUAAGUGAUAACAUAUACUCGAUUUACUCAAGCAAUAGCAAUGUAAAGAUUAGCAUUUUUAAAAUUAUGUCUUUGUUUUAUAUUGUGAAACGUAAUUUUGUAGUCAGUUUAGCCAUUCAAGUUGCACUGCUUAUUUUUCAAAGCAUGGUUGAAAUGGAGGAGGAGCAUAGUCUUCGCUCUGUAUAUUAUGGUAUAUUUCUGUGAAGCCAUUAAAAAGAGGGCUGGCAAAAAAAUAAUAUCCUACUAUAUAUGCCCAAGAGAAUCUGGAGUAAAUCUUACUGGUCACUAUCAGUGUGAUAAUGAAGAUGGCAUCAUUAUCCAGUUGUUAUUUCUAAUUCAUCAAUGAAGUUUUGAUUAUUGUGACUCCAUCACAAAUCAGUGUUUUUGAUAUAAACUAUGUGUUAUUUUUUUUUAACUAAUCAAUAUGUACACUUAGAUUUUGAGUGAUUUUAGGUAGAAGUUUUUAUGUUUAGCAAACUCUGCCUUCUGAAAGAACCUCUUCAGCCUUUGAAAGUGUUUCUAAUAACAUAGUAUUUUAUAUUGGUUAUAUGUACAAAAUUCAGGGAAAUAUGUGUAUAGUGACACAUAUUUGACAGGCUUUAAUAGUGAAACUCAAAAGUAUCUUUUCAGGCUUCGUAGACUUUUUAUAGAAAACCAGAAAGCUCUCUGCUUGUACACUGGAUUUGUUGUAGCACACCCAUGUACGUAUACCAACAACAAAUUUGCUUAGUGCAGCAUUCUUCCAUGUAUAAUUACAGGCUAUUGUCAGACUAUUAAAACUGAAUUUUGUUACCGUGUUUUGUUUAUGGACAAGAAAGAAAUACACAGUCAUAAAUUAUUGUAGAAAAAUAACCUCAGCCAUAUAUGUGAGAUUUGCAGUGAUGAAACAUAUGAAGUAUGAUAACAGUGAAUGCAAGUAUUAUAUUAAAUAUAUAGAGAAAAAGUUUCCUUGACAAUGAAUGUACUUUUAAGUUCCUCGGUCUCCAAGAAUUAAUGAGAAAGGGAAUAUUGCUUUAAACAGCAAAGAUAUAUCUUUGGUAUAUUUGCUCCAAUAAAACUUUUUUUAUUCUCAUUUACUCUUUUGUGUUGAAAAGCAGUGCAAAAGUUAGUUCAUGGCAAUUCUAAAUUCUUCAGGACCUAUAUAAGGAUCACAAAAUAAGUCUCUAUUCUUCAGAAAACAUCCUUAAUUAGAAGGUAGUUUGAAAGCUUAGUGAUUUUUAACAUUUUUCAUUGAUACUGAGUCCUCUACGCACGUUAACAUUGCAAUACGUAGCUUACACUAGGAGAAGAGGGAUGUACUAUGUAGUACAAAGCACUGUUGGCAGCAUUCACUGUUAUCACACUAGUGCUCUUAUUGCUUGUGGUCAUGUGACAAAACGCUUUUUAAGAAUUGCUUUGACAAACUAAACUGCAGAGUAAAAUCACAGAUGUUUACAAGAUGUGAAAUCACUGGACAGCUUUAGCCUGAUUACCUAAAUUUUUAGUAAAAGUUUCACUUUAUAAUCUCUCUUAUUGUUCUCUGCAUGCACCAAUAACAAAUGCUUAAAUAACCAAUUUAGGCUAUUGAUUUUAAUUUUUCUCCUGGCAAAGUAUCUCUUGAAAGUAGCUCAUAUUUUAGACUGUAUUCUAAAAUGAAUAUACACUAUCUAAGCAUGUAUUUUUACACUGCCUAUAUGCAACUUCUAAAAAAGUUUAAUAUUUGUCUAAAGUGGCUUUCAAAUAUGCAGCUUAUUGAAGAUCUGAUUGUUGUUUUGUAGGUAAAGAUAUUGUCUUUGAAUUGUGCCUAAUAACUAUACAUUUGUGACACAUUUUACAGCAUCUAAUAUUUUGCAAAGGCCUAAGGCACAAUGUGACACAGAAAAGCAAUUUGUAUUUUCAGUCUUGAAAUGGAACUUAUAUUUCAAACUGAUUAAAUUUUAAUUUUUCCUA